UGUGCCAGGGGUGAAUGAAUACCGUUAUCUUUUCCUCUGCACCGUCUCACUUCAUAGGCUUUACCGGGAACUCAAGCUGCAGCUGCAAUUAAGGAACCACGCCUGUUGCUAUUUAAUUUCCCUGAAUUGUAGCACUUAUACGACAGCUCACUAGAGCUAAAAGAAUAGUUACAGGCUCCCAACCAGAAAUCACACUACUCGUUGAUUUUUUUUCCUAAAUCCUCCCUUAUUAAUUGUAUUAUCGCGAGAGCCAAUAGUACGAGCCUCCUGGGCUGAUCUUGACCACUGCUGCCGGGCUGGGAGUUAAUAUCCCAGCUCUCUGACCUGGAGCACGCACUAUAGCAGAGAUGGAAUACCUCAUUUUUUUAGUGAUUUCAUCCUCGAUCAAGUUUGCAACUUCUGUCUUGUCCAAUGAUGUUCCUCAAGCCCCUGUGCCAAUUCCUAAAGAGAAAUUGCUCGUCUUAACUGUUGCAACUGAGGAAACAGAUGGUUUCGUCCGCUUCAUGAGGUCUGCUGACUAUUUUAACUACACUGUGAAGGUGUUGGGAAUGGGAGAGGCAUGGAAGGGCGGCGAUGUGGGUCGUUCUAUUGGUGGAGGGCAAAAAGUCAGACUACUGAAGAAUGCCAUGGAGGCUCUGGCUGAUCAGGAGGAUCUUGUUGUCCUCUCUGUGGAUAGCUAUGAUCUUAUCUUUGCUGGGGGACCAGAAGAAAUUCUCAGGAAGUUUCAGCAGGCCAAUCACAAGGUGCUAUUUGCUGCAGAGGGACUGGUAUGGCCAGAUAAACAGCUUGCUGACAAGUACCCCUUAGUCCGCACUGGGAAACGCUACCUCAACUCUGGAGGUAUAAUUGGCUACGCCCCGUACAUAAACAGAAUAGUUUCACAGUGGAACCUUCACGAUAAUGAUGAUGACCAGCUCUUCUACACUAAAAUAUACCUGGACCCAUUACAGCGGGAAUCUCUCAAUAUGACUUUGGACCACAAGUGCCAGAUUUUUCAAAACCUGAACGGGGCUGUUGAUGAAGUGCUUCUCAAGUUUGGAACGGACAGAGUGAGAGUUAGAAACACGGCGUACGACUCUCUGCCAGUAGUUGUCCAUGGCAACGGAAACACCAAAAUGUACUUGAACUAUCUGGCCAACUAUGUUCCCAAUGCAUGGAACUAUGAACACGGCUGUAGCCACUGUGAUGAUGACGUCGUAGACUUUUCUCAGUUAAAAGAGUAUCCAAAUGUGCUGGUUGGAGUAUUCAUUGAGCAGCCAACUCCAUUUCUUCCUGAAUUCUUUCAGCGACUGCUGACCCUGGAUUACCCAAAGGAUAAACUCAAACUCUUUGUCCACAACAAUGAGGUUUACCACGAGAAGCACAUCCAGAGGUUCUGGGAAGAGAACAAGAAUGUGUUCAACAGUUUCAAAGUUGUGGGACCAGAAGAAAAUUUGAGCCAAGGAGAGGCCAGGAAUAUGGCAAUGGAUCUUUGCCGUCAGGAUGCCACAUGUGACUACUACUUCAGCAUAGAUUCUGAUGUCAUGCUGACCAACAGACAGACACUGAAGCUCCUCAUUGAGCAAAACAGAAAAAUAAUUGGCCCCCUUGUCACUCGUCACGGCAAGCUGUGGUCCAACUUCUGGGGAGCCUUGAGUCUGGAUGGGUAUUACGCCCGAUCUGAAGAUUAUGUUGACAUUGUGCAGAGAAAACGCGUGGGUGUGUGGAACAUUCCUUACAUGGCACAUGUAUACCUUGUCAAGGGCAGUGCCUUAAGGAAUGAACUGAAAGAAAGGAACUACUUUGUUCUGGAAAAACUGGACCCAGAUAUGGCUUUAUGUAGAAAUGCCAGAGAAAUGACCAGUCACAGAGAAAAAGACUCCCCUUCUCCGGAAUCAUUCCAUAUGCUCAGGCCCCCAAAGGGAGUCUUCAUGUACAUAACCAACCGUCACGAAUUUGGGAGGCUCAUUUCCACAGCCAAUUAUAACAUUUCUCAUUACAACAAUGACUUGUGGCAGAUAUUUGAAAACCCUGUGGACUGGAAAGAGAAAUAUAUCCACUCAAACUACACUCGAAUUUUCACUGACAACUACUUGGAGCAGCCAUGUCCAGAUGUGUUCUGGUUCGCAGUCUUUUCAGAGAAGGCUUGUGAUGAACUAGUCGAGGAGAUGGAGCAUUACGGUUCAUGGUCUGGAGGCAAACACCAGGACAAGCGGAUUGCUGGAGGCUAUGAGACUGUGCCGACAGAUGACAUUCACAUGAAGCAAAUUGGGUUUGAGAAAGAGUGGCUGCAUUUCAUCCGAGAGUUCAUAUCACCUGUCACGUUAAAAGUUUUCUCUGGCUAUUACACAAAGGGUUAUGCUUUGAUGAACUUUGUUGUAAAAUACACUCCUGAGAGACAAGCCUACCUGAGGCCCCACCAUGACUCCUCUACCUUCACCAUUAACAUUGCUCUCAAUAACAAAGGCAUAGACUUUCAGGGAGGGGGUUGCCGUUUCCAUCGGUAUAACUGUAGCAUAGAAUCACCGAGGAAAGGCUGGAGCUUCAUGCACCCGGGACGACUGACUCACCUGCAUGAAGGCCUACCCACAACCGGCGGCACCCGCUAUAUUGCAGUGUCCUUUAUUGAUCCUUGAACUACCUGACGGCCUUAUGAUGUCAAGUCUUUCAACCACGCUUCGCUUUUUUUCAUCCAAUUUUUUUUUUGUUUGGUUGUAUGAUUUGAAGUUUUGUGCACAAGCUGUUCUUCUGAUGCGAUUCUUUUUUUAAAGCAGAUGCUUUAAAAUCUUGAAAAAGUUGCAUUCAAAUAACCUCUGUCAGACAGAGAAUAGAGAGGCCAGGGAAGUAACAAAGGCAAUUAACAGUUUUGAUACACAGAUUGAAACAAAAACCAAGCUAGCAGGGUAAGGAUUUCUGUCACAUUACUGCUUCAUUUUUUGAUUCAAAACAAAAAUCUUUCAGGAAAUCGUCUAUGCUGUAGAUUGUCAUGAUUUUCAUUGCUCUGUCAUGGUAACCAUCAUUCAUCCACCCUGGUUGAUUUGCUAGCAAUUAGCUCUACUGUGUGAGGUUGCGCAGAUGACCAUUGUGUAUAAAAUUGUGUUUCAGGUAAAAUGUGACUGAACUUGCGUAUUGCUUCAAAAGUUACUACUGGUGCUAAUAAUCAUGUUUCUGCAGUGUAAGUUAUAUUGUUUUCUACCCUGAGUCAGUCAAGGUUUUAUUUGUGAUUUUUUAAUUACAUUUCCAUUUGGUUUGUGCCCCAUUAAAAGAACUUGUGCACUGUAAUUUUGCAGAGCAAAGAGAGCAGAAUUCAUUAAGAAUUCAAGCUAAAUGAAGAUCGAUGUGUCAUUUUUACUUGAAAGGUUUUCCUUCUUUCUGUACUGAAUAUUGGCAACACUGAUUUGCUUUACUGAAAAUAUUUCUGCAAAAUGUUCUUCCUUUUUUCUGACAGAUAUGAGUGACUUUAUUUUGAAACUCAGCAAACUAUUUUUUAACUUAUUGUCUAAUUCAAUUAAAAAAACCCUGAAUACUGAAAAAUUAAUGUUUUCACAUUUACUCUAAUUUUGCAUUUAAUAUACUAAAGUAUGCUGCCUCAUGAGCCUCACGAGACCCUGAAAGGAGACACAAACCCAGCUUCAGGAGGUCAUAAGUGUGCGUAAAUGUGAUGGUUGCAUCUGGCAUACCAUGUGAAUCCAUCCACUUUGAUGACCUCGUGGGAAAUAAUGGAGCAGCUGAAAGCACAUUCUUUCAUUUAAAGCACUCGCUGUCCAGAGAGCAAACCAAAAAGUCUCCUCGUAGAUUGUAGAAAGUCUGGAUGUAGUUACCACUGCAUACAAGCUUUCAUUGUCUUAUCGCUUUAUCAGUUCAAGUCUGGACGCAUCACAUGUUAAACCCAUCAUGGUUGGUUUGGACUGAAGUACUCCUCUGCACAGGGAGUAGCCCCGAAGUGUUUGGGCGCGGUGUGAUGAUGUAUAUCAGUGCAAAUGUGGUUCAGUUUACCUUAGGGGCUAAGUGUAAACAUGUACAUGCAACUUCAUGGAAGUGGUACAGAUGGUGCUUAGAAGACUGAUGACAGAACAGAGAGGGGAGGUGUUAAAAGCACAGCUUACAGAGGAAAAAAAACAUCCAGUGAAAACUAUGAUUUUUACCCCUUACAUGACUAUAUGUUUACCAUCUAGAAACUUAAUAAAAUAUCCACCUUAGAUUGAGCCCUAGAUUUUAUCCAAGUUCUCACCUUCUUAUCAAAUCCCAUUUCUUUUUAUUGCCGACAGCCUCUGGAGCUUUACUUCCCCCUUGAGGGCCGUGUAUUUACCUGACCAGAUGUGCAUUUUUGCUCCCCGUAAAGCCGAAUGAGGGCUGAAUUUCUGAGUAGCUGCUAUGAAGCAGUAAAGACGCGGGGAGCGGAGAAGGAGGAGAUUUAGGUCAGACUAGGAAAGGCUCUCAGCUGCUGAAAGAGCCCUUUGUAGUCAUCAUUUCCCUUGAACUGCGCAGUGUCCAGACCCUGUGAAAGGUGACAUUAAUUACAACCAGGCAUGCAGGAAAAACCUAGGAGAUUCUCACAGCAAUGCCUUUAUCAAAAGGAAGAAAUGGUGACACAUAUCCGAACCUUGAUUUAUUCGAAAGUCGCAAGUAGGAUACAGUAUACUCAGUGUUUUGGAGGCAAAGGCGGGUCGUUCAAGGUCAUUUCCUUCUUUUAUUAAUAAAAUCAACUCUAGAGUCUGUGUUUUUACAGUUGUACAUGGUUGUACGCACCAUGUUUAACCCGAUGAAUACCCAUACUUAGGGUAAAUGGUUUUUGAGAUGGGAAUUUAGUUUUUAUACCAAAGUCAAUUCAAGCGCACCACUAACUGCAGGGUGCCCAGUGGCAAAUAGUGAUUUAGACAUUACCCCAGCAAGCACUCUGGUCUUGACCAAACAAAGGAUUUAAAUUAAGUGUUUACAACAUUGUAGGAUUUUAAGUGCCUGGGGUCAGUCUAUGUGUGGUCAUAUCUGUAGCUGAUGGUUUAGAGGCAAUCUUGCACCACGGGGAUAAUAAGAAGUUUCCAGCAUAUUUUGUCUGCCUUUAAUGCACUAUUUACCUGUUAGUGCAGUCACUCAUUUACUGCCUGGGGUAAUGAAUCAAAACAUUAAAGCGUACGAGCCUUGUGACCUGGCAUGUGCCACAAGGCAGAAAAUCUAUUAAGGGGCAAAAUAACUAUUCCUAACUGUCCAAGUUCAACAAGAUACAUCCUCUCAUACUUCUGUUUAUGCUGUUGAGCCACCAAAUCUAACUCUCUUGAAAAAAGGCUACAGUAAGUCACAGAUAUACAGUUUCAGUUCUUCUUAGUUUAAUUUCCCCACUUUUUUCCCUACAUUUUUCUUCCCAGUUAAUUUCCUCGUGCACCUUAGCACUGCUUGUUUUUACUAGAGUUAAGUUCCAGCUGUAGAUUAAUAAACCUUUGGUGCGCUAUACUAUGAACUUUUGGCACCAAGCCAGCCUAUCCAGAGCCCACGUAAAACACUGUACGUAAAAGUGCUUGUGUCAAUCAGAGUAAAACAGCAUGUUAUCCAGUGCAACACACUCACUUAUGAUUGUGGGUGUUGAAUCAUUUUUGGACAAUGAGAGAGGAGGCGUUUGGAAUGAAACCAGGAGUAUUUCCAUGGAAUUUGUUUCCAGUGAAAAUAUACAAGUUAUCAUUAGCCAUAUGCUUUAGGUAAUUCAUCAUCCUCUUGACAGAAUAGUUUUGUAAGACAUGGUUUGUGUGGAUCCGGGAAAUCCAUGCAAAAUCAGUGAUCAUCCCUGAGGAAUAUACCACCUCUGCAGGAUACAGUGCAACAUUUUCAUCCAAACACAUCAUGGCAAAAAGGCCAACUGCAUGAGUGUGUGUGUGUGUGUGUGAGAGAGAGA